AUGCUUUACGAUACUUCCGGACAUGGUUACAAACAACUGCGGGAUUUUUUGGAAAAAUGGGCAUCGUUGAAGACAACUUCUGAGGUCCUCGUUGCAACCUGCCUAUUCGUCACAAUAUACGUUAUCAUCGGGCUGGUGUAUCGAUUAUUCAUUUCCCCCUUGUCGAAAUUUCCUGGACCAAAACUAGCUGCUGCAACAUUGUGGUAUGAGUUUUAUUACGAUGCGGUUCUUAAGGGCCAGUAUACUUUCAGAAUAAAGGAAAUGCAUCUCAAGUAUGGGCCAAUCGUCCGAGUCAGCCCGUACGAAUUGCACAUAGAUGAUCCAGACUAUUACAGUAUGCUAUAUGCAUACAGCGCUCCGCUUGAUAAGAACAAGUAUUACCUGGAACCGUUUGACUUUCCACUGUCUGCUUUUGGGACGGAAAGUCACCACUUGCACCGUCUUCGUAGAGGUGCAAUGAACCCGUUCUUUUCCAGUCGAAGGGUAGCGCAACAUGAAGAUCUCAUUCACCGGCUUGCUGAUAAACUAUGUGGACGCAUUGAAGAGUUCCAAGUUCUGGGUAAGAACGUGCCAUUGUCACUUGGAUAUAUAUGUUUAGGAACGGACCUUAUCACCUCGUAUGUACUGGAUGAGAACUAUCAGUGCCUGGAUGCGACUGAAUGGCUUCCACACUGGGCACGGACACUGAAAUCUCUAUCAACAAUGGUGAUGGUAUCACGGCAGUUAACUUGGAUAUUGCCGUUGUUAAAGCGUGUCCCACAGUCGUGGGCCAUUUUUUUGGACCCUGGUUUGGAACUGUUCCUUAUAUUGAGAGAGCGAUGCUGCCAAAUAAUUGACGAAAUACACCAAGUGAGAGCGACAGGAGCCUUGGGCAUGGAAGGGGGUUUGUUAAGAGGAUAUACGUUGAUCGAUCAAGUGCUUGACUCUAGGUUGACUGUCGAAGAGAAAUCACAUGACCGACUUCUUCAAGAAGUUCGAUCAACGAUGGCGGCGGGAAUCGAAACUACAGCGAACACGUUAACGGGAAUCACAUACUACCUUCUCGCAAAUCCAGAAAAACUUCGAAGCCUUCAAGAUGAACUUCGCAUGCUGGACUGGGACACUGAUGUGAAAGCUCAAGAGCUAGAGAAACUUCCAUACCUGACCUCGGUGAUUCUUGAGGGAUUACGAUUGUCAUACGGAGUGAGCACCAGGCUUCAAAGGAAAUCACGCAGCGAGGCAAUUCAGUACAAAACGUUCAGUAUACCGCCAAGCACGUCGGUUGGAAUGACAUCGGUUUUGAUGCACCACCAUGAGGCAAUGUUCCCGGACUCAUACAAGUUUAUUCCUGAACGCUGGUUGGAUCCAAAGGAACGAAAACGGCUACAGCGGUACCUGGUAUCAUUUGGCAAAGGUUCCCGCCGAUGCGUGGGGCAAAGGCUAGCACAGACAACACUUCUUAUAACCAUUGCUUCACUUUUCAAGCGUUUUGAACUCGAACUCAAAGAUACGUCAGAGGAUGACAUCAAUAUUGGCCGUGAUCUCUUUGUUCCCCGACCAAAAGAUACAAAUUCAAUUGGUUUACAAGUAGCUGUGAAAAGUGAAAUUUGA